AUGGGGACGGAGGCGCGGAGUGCAGAGAGACAGCCCACUGAUGGGCCCUUGGAGAUGGGCUACAUCGAGGAGGCCUGCAUCAUCCCGUGCCCGUCGGACUGUAAGCUCAGCGAGUGGUCCAACUGGUCCCGCUGCAGCAAGUCCUGCGGCAGCGGGGUCAAAGUGCGCUCCAAGUGGCUCCGCGAGAAGCCCUACAACGGCGGGCGGCCCUGCCCCAAGCUGGACCACAUCAAUCAGGCUCAGGUGUACGAGGUGGUGCCCUGCCAGAGCGACUGUAACCAGUACGUCUGGGUGGCCGAGCCCUGGAGCCUCUGGAAGGUCAGCAACGUGGACCUGAAGGAGAACUGCGGAGAGGGGGUCCAGACCCGCAAAGUCAGGUGCAUGCUGAACACCAUCGACGGGCCCUCGGACCCCGUGGAGGACUACCUCUGCGACCCCGAGGAGAUGCCCCUGGGCGCCCGCGAGAGCCGGCUGCCCUGCCCUGACGACUGUGUGCUGAACGACUGGGGCCCCUGGGACCGCUGCAGUCUGCCGUGCACCCGGAUGCUGAGCCGAGUGCGCACAGCCUUCACCAUCAGAGCGCCCAGCAUGGGGCGGCAGUGCCCCGAGACCACCGACGCCGAGGCCUGCGCUCUCAACCUCAACUGCUUCAACUACUUCUACAACAUCACAGACUGGAGCACGUGUCAGCUGAGUGCGAGUGCCGUGUGCGGUACCGGGACCAAGACCCGGAUGUUGGACUGCGUCCGGAGCGACGGCAAAUCAGUGAACCUCAAGUUCUGCGAGGAGCUGAAUCUGGACAGGAAGUGGCAGAUGAACACUUCCUGUGUGGUUGAGUGUCCGGUGAACUGUCAGCUCUCUGAGUGGUCCGUCUGGUCAGAGUGUUCUCAGACCUGCGGUUUACAAGGGAAGAUGUGGCGCCAGAGGUCUGUGGUCCCAGGCCCCCAGGGGGACGGCCGCCGUGCUCCCCCCAGAUGCAGCAGUGGAAGCCUGCCCCGCCAGACCCUGCUACCAGUGGCAGCACGGCGCCUGGUCCGAGUGCCGCGUGGAGGGGGAUGUGGCUUGUGGCCACGGGCUGCGCCACAGGAACACCUCCUGCUUCGUGUCCGACGGAUCGGGCCGCGCACCCCCCAGCCUGGUGGAGGAGGAGCUCUGCAGCGGCCUCCAGGCCGUCGCCGACAGCAACAAGGAGAUGAGGCUCGUGGAGAGCUGCACCCUGCCCUGCCCAGGAGAGUGCUACCUGAUGGAGUGGUCGGAGUGGAACCCGUGUGUGAGCGUGUGCGCUAAGGAGGCGGGGGUGGACUUCGGCUCGGUGCAGGUGCGGGUCCGGCCCGUCAUGGCUCAGGAGCCCCAGAACCUGCAGCUGUGUCCGGACCAGGCCUGGGAGUCCCGCCCCUGCACAGACGGGGCCUGCUACGAGUACGCCUGGAAGAGCGUCCGCAAGACCAACUCCACAGAGUUCAACACCUGGUGCCAGCGCUCCGAUGGGGUCAACGUCACA